UUGAGCCGUGACAAAUUAAACAGUGCAAAAGAAAUGAUUUUGAUUGUGUUGAAAAAAGUAAGGGAAAAGACACAGCUCGCUAAUUGGGUUCUCUUUCUCAGUCAGUCCUUCUCCCACCUUUGUCUCUGACCGUUUCAUUGUCACUUUCAGCCUCCUUCGAUUCGACGUCGUUUCGUGACUUUUCCAAAUCUGAUGAAUGAAUUCCCCUAAAUCCACAAUGGCGUUCUCUGAAUCCAACGGUCCAGAUCACGUCGUCGAGCUCAUUGUUCGCGACAUACCACCACCACCACCACCACCACCACCACCUUCUUCUUCCGACGACUCUCGUGAUAACGUUAAUGACCCAAAUGCCCCUCUUCUCUCACGCACACAGAGACCGAAGAUCAACAUCUUCACGGCUUCUUAUCCUCGAAGAAAACCACGAGAUGAAGUAACAAAACUACUUGAGUCUGAAACAUCUCCUUGUACUCAGUUUAUAUUGUGGGUGUGGAAUGAGUCAAGAUACUCUGGUUUACUUUGCAUGGCUUUUUCAUCCGUCAUAUACUUUCUCAUGGGAGUUCUUUCCAAUAUUUUUUCUGUUCAGGCAAUUCCUUUGUUUGAGACUGCUUUUACAAGAUGUACAAUUAUCUUGAUACUGUCAUAUUUGUGGUUGAGAAGGAGUGAACAACCACUGUUUGGAACAUCCAAUGUUAGAAUCAUUUUACUUUUAAGGGCCCUUGCAGGCUGUGUAUCAAUGUCAAGUUUUGUAUAUUGCUUUCAGAGGUUGCCUUUUUCUCAGGCUGUUGUGUUGAAUUCAACAACUCCAAUUAUGGCUUCAAUAAUUGCGCGAUUCUUUUUGCGUGAGAAAUUGAAAAUUGCAGAUAUUGCAUGUCUUGCUUGUAGUUUCUUCGGCGUUCUCUUCUUCUUCCGAGAAAUGCUUGCUACACAAGGACAGUCAGUCAAAGUUGCAGGAGCAAGCGAUUCAAAUGCUAGGCCAAGUCAUCAUAUAUUUGAAAUCCUAGUGGGCAUCUUUUCAUCAAUAAUUGGUGGAACUAGUUACUGCCUUAUAAGGGCUGGAGCUAAAGCAUCUGAUCAGCCACUGUUAACUGUCUUUUCAUUUGGCGUACUGGCUUGCCCUGCAAUGGGAAUAUGCAGUUAUAUCUUUGAGGAUUUUGUGCUGCCAGGAUUUCGGUCAAUUUUACUCAUGCUUGUACUUGGUAUUCUGGCCUUCUUUGCUGAGGUCUUGUUAGCUCGAGGACUACAACUUGAGAGGAUGGGUAAAGUUGCCAACAUCCAGUACAUUGAGGCAGCACUAACUCAAUUUUGGAGCCUUGCUUUGACACUAUUGACUCCAGCUUUCGAUCACCUAGCAGGGAUUUUACUUAUUGUUGUCUCUGUAUGUUGCACAAUGUACAUAGGACCUGACAAGGAGAUAGAAUGAUAUGAAUUGAGAUUUUGAGGGGAUGUAUUUGUGUUAGGUUAAUUUGCAGCUAAUACGCUGUGAUUCAUUUGUCAUACUCAAUUUGUUUAUAUCAAGUCUUAUUGUCCUCAU